AUGGCGACUUCACUGCCGGUUGAUGAAGAAAUGAUCGACCAAAAACUCCCCAUUGAGACCACUACAAGCAACAGCAAACAGGCUCCUAGUCGCCAGGCCCUAAUUCAAGCUCUUCAAGCGGAGAAGCCGUCGCCAUGGUCUCCAAACCUAAGAAAAUUAUACAUCUUCUGCCUGAUCGCAUUUCUGUGCUCGACCAUGAACGGUUAUGAUGGAUCUAUCUUCGGGUCACUCCCUGCUCUAGAGUCGUUCAGAGACCAGUUCGGGGUGGAGAAAAACGGAGCGAAAAUCGGGUAUAUAUCCGCCAUGUAUACGGUUGGUGGAAUUUGCUCGCUGCCAUUCAGUGGGCCAGCGUGUGACUUUCGUGGCAGACGAUGGGGCACUUUUAUCGGCUCCUUGAUCGUUGUGGCCUGUACCUUCCUCUCCGCACUAUCUCAUGGAGUGCCUCAGUUUGUGGCUGGCCGUUUCUUUCUAGGAUUUGGUGUGAAUAUAGUACGAUCAACUAGCUCCAUCUGGUGUGCCGAGGUCUGUCCGCCAGCAUAUCGUGGAAUCAUCAUGGCAUUUUACAACUGCACCUAUGCUGUUGGAUCGCUCAUCGCUGCCGGGGUAACUAGAGGGUCAGCUGGAUAUGCAGGCAAUAAAUCCUGGCAAAUCCCAUUGUGGUGUCAAAUGAUCUGCCCUGGAAUUGUGUUGGUAUCUGUGCUGUUCUUUCCUGAAUCUCCGCGAUGGCUUUAUUCCCAUGGCCAGGAAGAGCAGGCCCUGGAAUUCCUUGCGAAGUACCACGGGGAAGGAAAUCCCUCCCAUCCUCUUGUACAGCUACAGCUGCAAGAGUACAGAGAGUUUAUUUCUCUCUCCGGCUCGGACAAACGUUGGUGGGAUUUCCGCGACUUCUACCAAACCAAAGCAGGACGAUGGCGUUUUAUCAACGCUUUGAUCACCGGCAUCUGGGGCCAAUGCUCGGGAAACGCCGUUGUCACGUACUAUCUCCCUGCGAUGCUUCUUACCACCGGCAUCACCGACUCUAAUCAGGUCUUGAAUGUGAACCUUGGUUACACUGUGGUUUCCACAGUUGCAUCCUACCUGGGCGCGAGCCAAAUCGAGAGGAUGGGUCGUCGGCCAACCAUUAUCUGGACUGCUGUCGCAUGCUCAAUUUGCUUCGCUUGUAUCACCAUCGGUUCCGGUAUAUUCGAUAAAACCGAGGCUACCCCCGCCGCCUCUGCUGGAAUCGCCUUCAUUUUUAUUUUCGGGUUCUGCUAUAAUUUCGGAAUGACGCCUCUUCAGGCACUGUAUCCAGUGGAGGCGCUCUCGUAUGAAACGCGCGGGAAGGGCGUCGGCCUUACUUUCUCCAUUGCGCACGGUUUUACUUUGCUCAACCAAUUUUGCUUUCCCAUCGCCCUCAAGAAUAUUGGUUGGUAUACAUAUAUUGUGUUCAUUGUGUGGGAUCUGUUCGAAGCAGCUGUCAGCUACUUCUUCUCCGUUGAGACCAAGGGACACACUUUGGAGGAACUGUCGGAAAUAUUCGAGAGCCCUAAUCCUGUCAAGGCGUCUCUUCAGAAAUCUAUAUAG